AUGAUUGAAAUAGCGACAUCACCGUCGCCCGUACCCUCCCUCGUCUUUGCGCUGAUCGCGCUGCUUUGCAUUUCCGUCGUCGCCCUCCUCAUCCUCCGAUACUACCUCCCGCUGCGAACCACCCCCGCCUACCUCCUCGUACCCGUCUUCUUUGCGCUAUGGCUUCCCGCGAGCAUGGUCCUGCUGGUGCCAAUAGACCUGGCUUCCAGCGCCAUGGUUGAUGACAUUGAUGCUAGGGGCAUAUGGUUGAAUUCGAGAACCCUCAGGGUGUCGUGGAGGGUAACGUACUGGCUUACCUUUGCCUUGACUUGGUUCAUCCUCCCCAUUCUUGGCGAAUACUCAGACUCUGGAUACCGAGAACCAAAGGGAAAGAUACUCGACUCCCUCCGUGCGAAUGCCCAAUACUACGCCAUGGUCUUCGGGUCUGGAGCCGUCGGGCUCAUUUACGUUCUGAUAUCCUACGGCGGGUUUUCCGAAUCACUCAAGAGCACUGUCAUGGCUCUUGCAUACUGCUGGGGGUUGAUUCUGGCUAUCUACCUUAUGGGCCACGGCCUCGUCUCCAUACCCCGACGGUUGUUCCGCAACGCCAAUGUUAGCGGCAGGUUGCGUCGGAUCCAGAUCCAGGCACCCAGGGUCUACGAGCGGAUGGACGAUGCCGAGAUGGAUUUGGAGGACCUUGAGUUGCAAGUGGCUGAACUUGGUCGCCGCAAGGGCGGUAGUGCCAGCUUCUUCCAGGAUUGGAUCGAGGAGUUGAUCGACAUGACGAACCUGCCGGAGUCGCAGCCCGGCCGAGUGGCCGCUGUCCGGGGCUCCGGGAAUCAGAGUCCGCUUCCGAACGUUAUCACCAAGAAGUACCUCGCUGAGCUUACCAGGCGGCUCGUGAGGGCGAGGCACGCUCGCUCAAGAUACGUCAGCGAAUGGAACCGAUUGCUGCAAGACGCUGUCAAGACGCAAGCAAUUCUGGACUCGGCAGCCUCCAAGAAGUUGGAUUUCGGCAAGGCCUCUCCCAGCGCAGGCUUUUGGGACAGACACACCAUAUUCACGCCCUACACGCGCUUCUUCUUCCACUACCACUUCGUCCCGUAUUUCCAGACCGUGUUGGCCGCCGUCCUUUCUCUGGCCUCCGUCUGCAUUGUCUGGUCCGAACUCGUCAAGGGCCUCUUCCCGCAGCUCUCGGUCAUUCGUUAUAGCGUCAUCCACCACCAAGUCGCCUCUAAAGGCCAAGUCGGCUUCGCUGGUCAGGCAGUCGCCGCGAUAUGGAUGCUCUACAUGUGCGCUGCCGCCCUCAUCUCCAUCACCGAGGUCAAGGUCUGGCGUGGACGCGCCCUCGUGCGCCGCAACACCGCCCAGGAAUCCGCCUUUUGGUACGCCAGCCAGGUCGCCCGCCUCAGCGUGCCCCUGACCUACAACUUCAUGACCUUCCUCGGCAGCAUCUACCGCGACACCGUCUUCUACGACUUCCUCGGCCAGCUCAUCAACCUCACCCCGCUCGGCACCUGGUUCGACUACCUCUUCCCCGCCUUCAUCCUCCUCCCCGUAUGCGCCACCCUAUUCGGUCUCUACGGCCGAGUCAAGCGCGUCGUCGGUUUCGGCGUCGACGUCCUCGAUGACGAGGACGAAGACGACGACGGCAACGCCACCGGCCGCGGAGCUGCCUGGAGCAACCGCUCCUGGCGCGAAGGCCGCGACCUCAUCGAGCGUGAGCUCAACGGCACCUCGGCCGCCAUCCGCGCCCGUCGCAGCGACGCCCUCACCGGUACCGGCACCGCCAGCGCUGGCACCCGCGGGCGUCCCGCCCCCAUCCUCUCCAUCCCGCGCGCCGGCCGCCGCGACGGCACCAGCCCCACCGCCCCCGGCGGCGGACCAACCACACCCUUCGGCACAUCCCCCAACGCGGGUGGCUACACCGAUACCGGCCCAUCGUACGGCCGACCGCAGGCGAAUACCUCGGCGAGGCGGGUCGGCCGCGCGCCGACGGUACGGGGCGGGACUGCCGCUGCUGCUGCUGCCGCGGAGGAUGAGGAUGAGAAUUUCUUUGAGGCGUUUGGGCACCGCGUCAAGAACACGAUUGAUACGCUGGACACGCCCAGGUGGUUGCAGGAUUUUGGGCAGGGGAUCAAGAAGCCGAAGUGGAUGGGCGGGGAUGAUGAUGAGGGUGGUGCGGGGAGGGGCGGGAGGGGAGGGGGGUGGUUUGGUGGUGGUGGUAACGGUGGGGGAAGGGAGGAUAAGAUUGUAGGGUGUGUCAUAUUUGGGGCUUUGGGCUUUGGUUUUGGGCUUUGGCUUUGGUGUUUUUCUUUUGGGUAG